AUGAUGACAACAGGAGUGAAAGCAGCAAGCGAAAGUGACCAUGAUAGUGUAAAUGAUGAGUGCGAUUAUGAUGCCAUUGGCUCUGAUGAAGAAGGUGAAUCAAAUGAUGUCAUUCUUUUAUUCAUUGCCACAGACAUGGAAGACAUAAAUGGGCCACCAGCUACGACACGAUCAGGAUGAGCAACAACUAGAAGAGCUGAAAUUGACUUUUCAUUCUUUUGAGUUGAAAUCAGAUUUCAACAAAAACAGCCUCAUAUACAUUUUGUAAAUAUUCCCUCUACAGCAAGCACUUUUCAAAAAUUGUGUUAUCACACUGAAAUUGUAAUCAUGCAAUGCGAGAUGCAACACUUAAAAUUAUAAUUCGCAUGUAUUAUUUUUUGAUAUGUUAAGCAAUGUUAAAAAUAAAAAAAAGUGUAACAUUUUUGGUCAUGGUGAGGGUGUGUGUAUGUUUUUUUUUGGGGAGGUGGUCAUGUCAAGAAGUAUUGCCUGAUGAGUGGGGGCAUGCAAGAAAGGUUUGGCAAGCCUAAAUCCCACUUGCCCCUCCUAUCCCAUUCUUCUAUUUUUUUCCUUUCAUCUUAAUAUUUUUUUAUCUUUUUUUAAAUUUCACUGGGGAGACCACUGCAGCAUGAAGACGUGUUGCUUGCUCCGAUGGCCGUUUAAGGAUUUACAUCUUUAAAGUGCCUGUGGCUCCUUCGUCGAUUUACUUGACCCCUAAGAGGAAAUCAGGAAGUAGUAUUUCAUGGAGCAGCUCUACUGAAUAAAAAAAAAAGGUUGAAAUAGUUGACAGUGAAGUAACAGAGGUGGUGGUACCUUGACCUUAUAAUAUCAAGACUAACAAGUCUGGAUGAAGGAAUAGACGAGCUUAACCAGACAGUGAAGGGUCUUCAAACUAAAGUAUCCUGUAUAGAGACUGACCUUGCAGCCAUCAAAGAAAAGCAGAAGUCUCUUACAGAAGAUUGUUCCCACAUGACAGAAAUAUCAAAAUUUAUUGAGCUUCACUGUGCAGACAAGAGGAAAGCAGAUAUCAAUGAAUGCUGAAAGCAAAUCUUUUAUCUGGAAGCUUAGAGUCACCGGGAAAACCUAAAGUUUGAAGGGCUACCCAAAUUUUUUGGAACCUCGGCCCAACUGAAUGUUCUGGCUGAAGUUAUGGGAAAAGUUCUUGUUACUUUUAUAGAACACAUCAAAGUGAACUGUGAGUUGCCAAAGAUAUUUUUCUCAAAGAAUUUGAAAAUUGUAACAGGGAUGUUUGGAGUAUCUGAUAUGUAAAACAUAACUCUGGAAGCUUAACUGCAGACACCAUUGUGUCGUAAGCAAUAUGCUUCUCUUGUCAUUCAAUUUACAACUACUUGAUGCCUACUUGGUGAUUUUGGCAGGAGGUGGUAAAUCAAUUCUGUGCAUCGAUCAUGUUAACAUUCUUUCCGGCUCUGCUUCAGUUCGGCUGGUGGCGUCACAGAAGUAUCAUUUUUUAUGUGUCUUUGUUCCCAAUGUCAGCUUAGGCAGGACAAAAAAGGCAUUAUUUACACCAACCAAUGAACUGUAGGUUUGUCACUAUUUUGUUUUCAGUGCAUGAAAAAUACCCUAAUGGACUUCUUAUUUAAACAUGCUCUAUUUGUUAACUCCCUUAAAAUUAGGUUGUAGCAGGUUACAGCACUUGACCAACUAAAGGUGCCAAUACAAAUCCUGAUGGACUGUUAUUUUUUUACGUUUAAUGCUACCAACCUUUAAGAAAAAAUGAUGGCAUUUGCAACUGGUUUAUGAAGUGGAGAUGUGGACGAAGCUGACACAGCUACAGAGGCUAUGGAGGAAAUAUGAUGAAAGAUUAAACUUAGCCACAAAGAUCACUGCCACUAGAAACUACCACAGUUUCAAGACUGAAUUGCAGAAGUAUGGAGACAAUCUGGAUGGUAGCACCCCAUUCAGCUAGAAGAGCUUUACACUGGGUAAACAACAAAAACCUAGCCCUCCAAAACCGUUGACUUUAUAACAACAAUCUCUGAAAAAAAAAACAUUGUACAGAGGUCAUAAGAAAGAACAUGCAAUAAAUGUUACAUGUAAAUCUACUGCAACACCAAAGAACCUUAUUGUCACGCCUUAC